CCUAGUUUACAUGAUGGAGCGUUACGAUUUGCCGUGGAUAGUCUCUCAGCUUCGCUCGGUGGCCGCCAGUCUGAGACAACUCAGGUUACUUCUAGAGGAAUGCUGCGAGGCAGGUGGUCCCUCUCAGCUCCAGGUCUCUCUGGGGAUGCAGGCCUUACAGGACACCCUGAAGACCCUGACUGAACGAUACCCUGCCUUUGGUGGACCCUCUGUCAGCCAUGCUCUUUCAGCGCUCAACACCUCUCUUUCAGAUGUAACAGAUGUCCCACAAAAGUCUGAGACCAAGCGCUACAGUGAAAUCUUCCGAGACUUUGAUAACCUCGAACUAUCCUUGGUCUAUUUAACAACAGAGGAACUGCUGCCAGAUUCAGAGUCCCAGUCCCCUUUGGAAACCAUCUCCACCGAGACCACAGAAAUCACACAGCAGGGCAACAUGUCUUGUGAAGACACCUUUUCUCCUGAAAUAGACUCUCAGCCCAUUGAAAUUAAUGGAAAUCCAUCAGCCCAGGAUGCUGACCAGGCCCUGUGUCGCAGUGGGGAUGGAGUGGAGAUAGCCCUGCAGUAUGCGAAGAUGUGGUGCCGCUACACCAAAGACAUACUGGCCUGGAUGGAGAAGAGAAUCAACCUGGAGCAAGAAUUUUCAAAAAAUGUAGUGAAGGCGGCGGAGGGGGCCAGGUCUUGUGUGGCACAGCAGGAAAUGAUGCCCUUACAGAACAUCUAUACCAUGGCCCUGGAGCAAGACAUAAAGAACAGUAUCACCGCCAAACAGACUUCAGAACUUCUACAACAGCGCUGUUAUCAAGCCAUUGCUGCCAAGAAGAACGAGAUUGACAAGUGGCGGAGAGAGUUUAAAGAGCAGUGGAUGAGAGAACAAAGGAGGAUGCACGAUGCCGUGACAGCUUACAAGAAGGCUCGCCAGCAGUACAUCCAGCGCUCUGAGGAGCUGGAGAAGGUUAAGGCCAUCAAUGCCAAGGCAGCAGAUGACACAGUAGGAUACAAAACCCUGGACAAGAGGAGGAAAUCCCGGGAUGAGGCACAGUCCAAGGUGAUAGAGUCCGAAAUGCUGUACAGACAAUGUGUGUGCGACGCCAGGACUCACCAGGAUGACCUGGUGAAGGUCAAAGAAAGAAUAAUUUCUCACAUUCGCAAGCUCAUCUGCCAGGGUGACACUGUGCUCAAGGAGGUGACAGUCAACAUGUUCUACUACCAGCGGCAGCAGACGGAGCCUGUGCCUCUGGGCUACCACCACCUGGAGCUCACAUGCAGGAACCUGGAGCCUGGGGAAUCCUACCUUCUCUACAUCUUCGGCAAGCGCCGCCUAGAGCAGUCUCCCCAACUCUUCACCUUCGAGGAGUACGUCCCUCAGGGCAAGGGAUCUGAAAGGAGCAAACGAAAAACCAGCAACCCCCUCAGCUCUAUGCAGGACUCCUUCUCGCUGCUGGAAGACAGCCUGGGCAGACGUUCCGUUGACGGGAGGAAAACGGGUUGGAGUGACAGUGAGAGUGUGGGAGGCAGUAUGGAAUCUCUGUCCAGCCCCGCCCAUACUCAAAAAAGACUGGCCAAAGUUGCAUCUACUGGAACAAUGUCAUCAGAAGACCUGGAUGACAGGGACGGGGCCACGACCUUGGAGUCAGACUAUAUGGAUUCAAGUGCAGAUGGGAAUGGUCUAAUGGGAAAAGUGCGUGGGCCUUCACGAGCCGCCCUGACCCACCGACUCAGGAAACUGAAGACCAAGAUGGUCAAGUGCAAGCAUUGCGACAACUACAUAGUGGUCAAUGGGAUUGAAUGUGAGGAGUGCGGGCUGGCUGUGCACAGAAAGUGCCUGGAAGUGUGGCAGCUGGAGUGUGAGCACAAGAAAGGGGUCGUGUUCGGGGUACGACUGUCCUCGCUGCUCUGCGACAAGUCAGACGAGGUUCCCUUUGUGGUGCGGUGCUGCACGGCAGAGAUUGAAAGCCGUGCCCUCACCCUCCAGGGUGUGUAUCGCAUGAGUGGCUCCAAACCUCGCAUUCAAAAGUUGUGUCAGGCCUUUGAGACUCAAAAGGAACACAUGGACCUGUCUGAUGUCUCGCCCCAUGACAUCACAUCUGUUCUUAAGCACUUCUUCAAGGAGCUCCCAGAGCCCCUGUUAACUUUCAGCCUGUACAAUGACUUCACUGAGGUGGGCAAGGCCAUCCAACACCUGAGUGAACGGGAGCCCACAGCCGAGACCCCAGGGGUAAUGGAAGAAAUGGUUCACAACCUGCGAGAACUGCUGGAAAAACUCCCCCGCUGUUCCUAUAGCACACUGCAGCACAUGAUGGCUCACCUGCACAGAGUUUCAGAGUGCGAGGAGAACAAGAUGUCUUCAGUGAAUCUUGGUAUUGUGUUUGGGCCGACCCUCUUGCGCCCUCUGCUGUCUGUGGACAUGUCCAUGAUCGCCCUACUAGAGACCAGCUACCAGGCUAUUCUGGUGGAGUUUCUCAUCACACAUCACACUCAGAUUUUCGGCCCAAAGCAGAGAGCCAGCACCCCUCCUCCUCCGCCACCAACAGCACCUCUUCCAGACACCCCUCCUCGGGCCUCCUGCCCCCUGGUGGAGGAGACCUCCUCUACCCCUGAUCGAGGAGACUCAUCCAGAGAACGUCCCCGCUCUCUAGACAGCCGAACAAUCAAGAGAGAAUCAAGCGAGGGUUACAUAUCUGACAAGUCAUCGUCCAAUGAGGCAGUGGACCAGCUCGGCCCUGAAGCCAAUGAGAGAGCAGUCCUGGCUGUGAAGAGGGCAGCUAGACCUUCUGUGGGUGGUCCAGUAAGGGAGCUAGACAAUUACACAGGGACACAGCCAGCGUAUCAGUUCAAGAAUCAGCGGCAUCCCACCCCAGGAACCCGACUCCGCAACGCAGGGCCGGGGGCUGUGAAGCCUAACCCAGCAGCCUUGAGCACCGAGGCUCCAGAGAGGAGCCGUCCCGGCAGCGCAGACAGCAGCCGCAGCUCUUCUCCAGAGCCAGGAACACAGGGGCAUGCCCAUCAGUUGGACGUCUCCUGUGAGCCAGCUCACAGUCUGGGUCAGGCCAGCUUCACCAAGGGGAGCAAGGCAGAUAACCCUGCAAGCCCCAAAGAGGUGGCACAAUACAUGUUAGGAUUGGACACAACAUCUAUGGCAUCAACAAACACAAGACUAUCCAAUCCAACACAGGGGUCUGAGAGCCAAGCUAAUCCAAACAUUAAUCAAUCUAAUAACAGUGCUGGACAAGGACGGGCUCUGUGCCACACACCAAAAAGACUUCCUGGUGAGCAGACCCUGUCUGCACCAGCCCAGAAGAUCCUGUCUGGGCUGAAACUGAGGCGCAGUCACUCAGGGAAGGACGAGCAGCUCUUUGUCUGAGGCAAGCUGGGCCCACAAAUUAUAUCAACCCAUCCAUCCAUUAUCCAAACUGCUUAUCCAACUUAGGGUCAUGGGAUGCUGGAGCCUAUUCCAGCAGUCACUGGGUGGCAGACAGGGAGACACCCUGGACAGGCCACCAGUCCAUCACAGGGCCAACACAUUCACGCCUAGGGACAGUUCAACCCAACCGAACCCAAUAUCAACCUGAGUGUACCUGAAUAUAUUGACAGGCAUUGUAUUUACACAAAAUAAUAUUUACUGUCCAUUUUUUAUGCAUUCAUAAACCAUAAUGUAAACCAUCCAUCCAUUAUCUGAACCGCUUAUCCUGCUCUUGGGGUCGCGGGGAUGCUGGAGCCUAUUCCAGCAGUCAUUGGGCAGCAGGCGGGGAGACACCCUGGACAGGCCACCAGGCCAUCACAGGGCCCACACACACACACACACACACACACACACACACAUUCAUACCUAGGGACAAUUUAGUAUGGCCGAUUCACCUCACUUACAUGUCUUUGGACUGUGGGAGGAAACCCAUGCAGACACGGGGAGAACAUGCAAACUCCACACAGAGGACGGCCUGAGAUGACCCAACAAGGUUGGACUACCCCCAGGGCUCGAACCCAGGACCUUCUUGCUGUGAGGUGACCGCACAAACCACUGCGCCACAGUGCUGCCCAACUGUUUUACAUAAUGUAAACCAUAAUGUAAAACAGUUUUCAUGAAGAAAGCAAUCAUACAUUUCGGUCACAUGCAAACAUUUUAUCUUUUAUACAAGAGUCAAUGCAAAACACCUAAAAAGAACAGUUCCAACUGCCUUAAAGCUCCAGGUAGAUACUAUAGACAUAGCAUCACAAUGACUGUGGCAUCCUUGAAAAGUGCAGGCCAGAUGCAAAUUGGGAUAUCUUUCCACAAUGGCACCACCAAGACUAGACAGUAAUGACAAUUUAUUGGGUCUGAAUAUUUGUUGUGUGUUUGGUAUAGCUUUUGACUACAGUGACAAGUUGUGUAAUUUAAAGCACUCAAUCCAAGAAACAUAGUCGGUCUGCUGGAACUACAGGUUUGCUCUACUGAAUUUAAUAAUGUUAAACUAACAUAAGGGGCCCUGUGAUGGCCUGGUGGCCUGUCCAGGGUGUCUCCCUGCCUGCCACCCAAUGGCUGCGGGGAUAGGCUCCAGCAUCCCCGUGACCCUGAGAGCAGGAUAAGCGGUUCUGAUAAUGGAUGGAUGGAUAACAUAAGGGGGGAAAACUGUUUCCAAAGGUGUCAAUACAAAAUGCUGAUAAGUCUACUUUUAUAGAGACCAUUUUCAAUGUACUUUAAUAAGGUUUUUUUAAUAUUUUAUAGGCUGUUUAUUCAAAUGUUGUCAUAAAUAAUAAUAAAAAAUAUAUAUGCG